CGCUACGUUUGUGAUACUCACCGAGAGGCUGCCGCCGCGUGCUAUCACUGCCACGCGAAAAAAGAAUUCCCAAAAGUACAACUUGUACUUCGCGCCAAUUUUUUCGAAUAUUUAAACUUGCGGCCAUUUUAAUAAUUUAUUCGUGAUUUUGAAUUGAUUGGCUUUGGAACAGUGUGGUGUGUUCGGAUUGGUUGGUGCAGUGGUCGGUGUAGUGUGAUGUACUUCUGCCGCUCUUAGUAAAGAGUGCAGCAUGAGGAGCGUUUGGCAGUUUCUGUUGUUGGCUCAUGUGGCCUGCGCCAUUACUGCGCCCAGAACAGAAAAUGACUUCGACAGAAGACGACAAGUACCCCUGGGGCACCCUGGCUUCACUGAACACCAGACGAGAUUCGGGCUGAAUUCGCCGCUGCAGAAUUUCCCGCAGCCAAGCCUCAUCAGCAAUCCAACUCCAACUCCUUUAUUCCAACAACCUAUUUUCCAGCAGCCACAACAACCUUACGUACCCCAAUUUAACAAUCUCCUCCCUACUCAAAGUUUACAAAAUAUCCAAAGUUUACCUCUGGCGAACAACAAUGCCUUCCAGUUUAAUCAAGUUCCCAAUGUCAAUGGACCCGCUUUACAAAACGCCUUCCAACAACAGAAUCUGAGACAAAUUUCACAAUCUCACAGCCCAAUUUCACAACCAAAUCAAGCUGUUCUCUCUCAGACUGUUCCUACUUUGUCUACUUUCCAAAAUAACGUCCCUAUAGCUCAAAACCCAGUGUAUAACCAAAACCCAAGUGCUACUGUCCAUAUAGGCAAUCAACGGCCGACUCAGGCUGCUUUCUUGCCGACACUUCCUACGGUUCAAACAUUCAGCCAACCUAGUCCUAUUACUAUCCAACCAGCACCAAAUCUAGCACCACAAAACCCUCAACAAACAUUGAACUUAAACUCGCAAAUUCCGUUCUUACAACCCAUAGCGCAAACGCCUUUACUCCCUAAUGGUCAAUCAGGUAAUCUUGCUUCCAUUCCCUCCCUUGAACAACAGUCUAAGGAAAACUUGGAGAAGCUGAAGGAAUUACAAGAAAGACAAAGAAUCAUUCAGAAACAUCAAGAAUUUGUUCAAAGACAACAGCAAAAACAGCAAGAGAAAGUAGAAAAGCUUCAUGAAGAAUUUCUCAAUAAACAAGCGACAAAAUCCAUUCCCAUUUUCUCAACAACAGAGAAUUACGAACAGUUCUUUAGAAAUCAGGAGAAGCGCAGACCAAUUCACCCACAUGAGACGGAUUUAUUUAGGAAAGCCGUUGAGAUGUACGAGAGGGAGCAUCCGACAACUCCGACCACCACCACUACAACCACUACUACAACUGUACGACCGCCACCCACGCCAAGGUACACCGCACGACCCAAACCGAAAUCCAGAGCCCCUCCACAAGACAGAAACAAGCAAAAACUAUAUAACGAAAUAAAAAGCCUUUUAGAAGAAAGUGAAACAAAAGGAUUCGAUGACAGUUUGAGAGCUAAGAGCGUGGCUUUACUUCAGAAACCUGAUAUUCUCAAGCAACUGAGAGUAGCGUUGGCUGAAAAUCCAGAAGAUUUCAAUGAGAAAAAUUUCACGUCCCGUGAGAUUUCACUAAAUGGUCAAAAAUUCGAAGUUAUCAGAACAACGAACCCAAACUUAAUACCACAGGGAGCGAUAACCACUGAUGGUGCUGGUUUAGCUAGAAUUAUGUCUGGUAAUGCUGAGCCACAAAAAGAGAGUCGCAUCAACAUUGAGGAUUUCACUAAAGGUGUGCUGCCACCUGGUGCGGACUUCGAGCUUAUCAAACAGUCUGAGAAUGGGCAACUCGAAGAAGUUUCUAAGAUCCCGGGUGCUUUACAAAAUAAAAAGAAAGUCACCUUUGUGUUCCUUGAAGAGCAAGACGAUGGAUCAUUCAAAGUAAAAGCCGUUAAAGCAAACGGUCAACAAACCGAAGAAGGUCCUGAAGUAGAAAACAUUUUGAAUAAAAUUAAAAAUGGUGAAAUUCAAUUACCUGGUGGACCCGCGAAGAUAUCGAACAGUAUUUUCAGUUCGACAACAGCUAGUCCCAUAACUGAUGCUACUGAUUAUAUAGCAGAAUCGUCUCACCAUCCUUCAAGCUAUUCGAGUUUUGUUACUACUUCGAACCGUGGAAGUACUGGUCACACGAAUCCAGUAAUUCAUACAACGCCAUUACCGACGUAUCGGAAUACAAUUUCUCAAUCAUCGAGAACAAUAGCACCACAAACUCAGACUUUCGCCCCUGUAACAACUACUCAAAGAUAUGCUUCUCAGUCUACAACGACUGCUUUCUCGCCAACCAGAUAUUCGCCAACACAGAGAAACUCGUUCCCAAGUUCAACGAUAGUUAACACAACACCUUUCUAUCGUCCAACACCUCAAGAUCUUGUAGUUAUUGGCUCUACUACACCUGCGCCAUCUGUAGACGCGCCGGAUUCUCAUUUGAGCUUCGCAUCGAGACAGUCUAACCCGGGACUUGUAGAGAUUUUGAGAGAAAAUGGGCUCUUCGCAAUGUCGAAAUAUCUGAAACAGUCUGGUUUGGAUACUAUUUUGAAUGAAACCGGACCUUAUACGAUCUUCUCUCCUACGGACAAGGCGUUCAGGACUUUAUUGGUGCAACUUGGUGGACCUGACAGGGCAGAAGAGAAAUUCAAGGACAAUCCAAGACUUUUAAGUGGCCUUCUCCUGCACCACGUGAUUCCUGGAGCUUUCGACAUCGGCUCUCUUCAAGACGAGAUGACCGGAGUAUCGCUUGCGGGCACUCAGCUCAGAGUAAAUCAGUAUGACAUGCAUGAUGUGGAGUGGAACGAGGUCCGGAUCACGACUAUCAACGGCGCCAGAGUUUUGGAUGACAAGAAGGAUAUUCAUAUACCGCAAGGCAUAGCACACGCGGUCGAUCGAGUGAUGUUCCCGCUUCCAGUGGGAGACUUGGUCCAGACCCUGCAGGCUGACCGGGAUCGUAGGUUCACCACUUUCAUCAAAGCUAUCCAAGCUAGCGGCUUCGCAGAUACCCUUGCUGAAAGUAAAACGUAUACGAUCUUCGCGCCAACGGACGCUGCGUUCGCGCGUCUGGCGCCGGCAGAAAUCGCGCGCUACGCGGAGAAGGCCGCUGCGCGGGCACUGGUCGCUCGGCACGUGCUGCCGGGCACGCUGUACAGCGCCGGAAUGAGAUAUUACCAACUUCGGAAUUCCAUGGAGGACGCUAAACCGCUAACGCUGCAGAAGAAUUCCGGCCGCAUAAAAGUGAACAAUGCGCAAGUGAUAACGCACAACAUCCCAGCUACCAACGGCGUCAUCCACGCAAUUGACAACAUUUUGUAAUCAAAUUCGCGCUGCGCCCGCGCAUUUACCCGCCAAAUUAGCUUCAGUGAAGCUUAGUAUACCUUACAGAUGUCAUGAUUUGAUUAGUUGUUCUAAAAUACGUUUUGUUUAUUUUUGUGUUGUAAAAACAUUUUUUGUUGCAAAAAAAUCAAAAGUUUUAGUCCAUGGAACUAGUAUAAAUAAUAGUCGUAUAGAGGGAGCAUCGACAUUGGACAUUGCCAACUAAAAUUUUAUGGAGUCGAGCUAAUGUCCAGUAAACGAUGACCCCUAACAUUGGUUACUUUACAAUAGAUUUUUUUGUUUGUUUCCUCAGAAUAUUAUGCUUUUAUCAAAUCUCGUUGUCUGUAAGGGUUAACACCCAUAAUUCUUCUAAUAAAAACAUUUGUCGAAAUUAAUUUUAUUAUUAAGACUGUAAAUAUAAACUUAAU